AUGCUAUUCAAAAUGAAUAAAACGGAAACGAAAAAGGAAUUAAUAAGUUAUAUUUUAUCUGAACUUGAAAAAUCAAAAUUGUAUAUAAAUGAAAAAAUAUCGUGUAAAAAAAAAUGCGAAGAAUAUGUCAAUGGGGGGGAAAGAUAUCAUGAUAUACUUGAUGGUAUUAAUAAAAAAAUAACCGAUUAUAAUAAUUAUCUUAAAAAAUUAGAUAAAAAAAAUGAGAUAAAUGGUGAUAAUGAUGAAAACUGUUUUGAGAAAAAUAAAGCAAAAGGAAAUUUUUUUCAAGAAUAUUUAAAAGAAAAAAAUAAUAAUAAAAUACACACAAGUUUGGAUAUGUAUAAAUUACAGAAAAAGGCAAUUGUAGGAUACACAACUAAAGGCAAUGCUAUAAUAAUUAACAAUGAAAAUUUUGAUAAAAGUUUUAAAAAUUAUUAUAAUAUAAUAAAUGAUCAAAAAAAAAAAACUUUUACACAAAGAAAUAAAUCCGCAGACCACAACAACGGCAAUGAUAAGAGAAACAAAAGUGACUACCCAAAUGACACCAAACAAACAGAAAAUGAAGAAGAAAAUGAACAAAACUAUUUGAGUGAACAGUCUUGCUCAUCGUCUAGCAUAAUUUCAUUAAACAGUUUUGUCCAAAAGGAAAAAAUCAAAAGAAUAAAUAAAAAUAGAGAAGCAUUUGCUAAGCAUAAAUAUAAAGACAAUUCUUUUGUUACACAUCAAAUGUAUUCAUGUAGUGAUUGUUCAUCAACAUCUUUUGAUUGGUAUGAAGAUCAAUAUGAUAAUAUUUUUUAUUAUACUAACGUUUUAAAUGAAUAUAAGCAUUUUAAAAAAGAUAAAGAUUUUUUGAAGAUUAUUAAGGGAGAUGAAAUACUGACUUACGAAGAAACCGAUUGCAUAAACAUAUACAAUGAUAAUUCAACGAAAAAAUACACAAGCGAAAAAAAAAAAAACAUAGAUGAAGCGAAGGAAAUUGCAGAUUAUUUUGUUAAAGAAAAUUGUAUAAAAGAUAAAUCACCAUUUUAUAAUUAUAUAUAUUUUAAAUAUCAAGACAAAGAUAAAAAUAUAUUUUACCCAGUAUUUAUAAAUACAAUAAAUGGAAAAAAGAAAAUGUAUAACUUAAAAAAAAUUAAUAAAUAUAAUUCAAAAAAUGUACAAGAAAGAGGAACAAAUAAAUAUGAAUUAGACAUAUCUUUAUUUAGUUAUAAAAAUGACCAACAUAUACCAUCUAUAGAAAAUGAAACUAUUGAUAAAAGGCUUCAUUUUCAAAAUUCGAAAAAUUUGAGAAAGCAAGUAUUCGACAAUGGAGAAUUAAACUAUUCAAUAGAAAAAAUAGUUCAUCAGUUGGAAAAACUAUAUAACCCAGAAAAAGAUACAAUAAAAAAAGUAAACUAUAAUGACAAAUUUGCAAAUUUUAUUAAAAAAAAUAGGGAUUACAUUAGUAGAGAAAGUAUUACCCUUCAGAAAUUAUGUGGAACGGAAAAAAUUAAGUUAAAAGUUAAAAUCAUAGGGACAAAUGGAAAGGAAAUUAAAAACAAGAGCUUGGACAAUGUUCUUAUAAACAAGAAUAAAACAUUUGGAGAUCUAGCGAAAAAUCUUGGUCACUCUUUUAAGCUUCCUAAAGAAGACAUUGAAAAUAUAAAAAUUUUUUUUGAUGGAGAUUUAUGUGAUAAAAGUCUUUCGUUUGAUAAUGAGGAAUUAGGUCUGGAAGAUGGAUUUCAGAUAGAUGUUAAAUUCCCUUUAGCAAAUGACCUUAAUGGUUCAUUAGACGAUUCCAGUUUCAGUGAAGACUCUUAUGUGCUGUUUUUACCGGAUUCUUAUGUCAUUGAUUAA